AGUGCACGAUACGAUUUGUUUUGGUUCAUGUUGCAGCUAGGCAGGAAAAUAUCGUAGAUUCAAGGUCCACCACGGCAUUUUAUCUUGGAAGAAAGCCCUCUGACACGCUGCCAAAUAUACUGCUAGAAAACUCCUCGCCACCCCUUUGACAAGCGCCAGCCCCUGCGAUUCGAUCCUACUGAGUCUAGAAGCUAACCGAACUGCCAGGUUCACCCAUGUCCUCUGAGGAAGGAUUGAGUUCAACGAUCACGGAUUGGCUUUUCUUCAGUUCCUGGUGGCUCCUUUUGCCUUUCAUUAUGCUUCUAGUCGUUGUUGCAUUCAUCGUUGCCUUCGUGUUGCUGUUGUACAUGAUAUCCCCUUUGAUUAGCCCCAAACCUCUCAAAUUAAAUGGGGCCCACGUCGUGGUCACUGGAGGCUCCAGUGGAAUAGGGAAAAGCAUUGCUAUGGAGUGCUACAGACAAGGAGCCUUCAUCACGCUAGUGGCAAGAGACGAGAGUAAAUUGGUUCAAGCGAAAAAGGAAGUGGAGAAAUGUGCGAUUAAUGACAAGCAGGUGGUGCUCUGCAUAUCAGUUGACGUGUCCAAGGACUACGGACAGGUGGAAAGUGUGAUUAAGCAGUGCCAAGAGAAGCUUGGUCCGGUUGAUAUGCUGGUGAACUGUGCUGGGACGUCCUUCUCUGGGAAGUUUGAGGAGGUGGAGGUGGAGCGCUUCAGAAGUCUGAUGGAGGUGAACUACCUGGGCAGUGUGUAUCCCACACGGGCUGUAAUCACCACUAUGAAGGAGCGGAGGAUGGGACGCAUCAUGUUUAUCUCCUCCCAGGCUGGCCAGAUCGGCCUGUUCGGCUACACAGCCUACUCUCCAUCCAAAUUUGCCCUGCGUGGGCUGGCUGAGUCCCUGCAGAUGGAGAUGAAGCCAUAUAAUAUUUAUGUGACAGUGGCCUACCCCCCUGACACGGACACUCCAGGACUAGCAGAGGAGAAUAGGACCAAGCCUUUAGAGACUAGGCUGAUCUCUGAGACAUCUGGGGUGACCCAGCCGGAGCAGGUGGCUAAGAUCAUUGUCAAGGAUGCAGUGCAGGGGAACUUUAACAGCUCUGUUGGGCCUGACGGCUACAUGCUCUCAGCUCUCACCUGUGGAAUGUCACCUGUCACCUCCAUCACAGAGGGCCUCCAGCAGAUUGUAACCAUGGGGCUGUUCCGGACCAUUGCUCUGUUCUACCUGGGGAGUUUCGACAGCAUUGUGCGUCGCUGUAUGAUCCAGAGGGAGCAGGCCAAAGCAGCGGACAAGAGGGAGUAACACCC